AUGUCGUUCAAAAACGACACUUCGAAUUGCAUUGAAAAGAGUUCAAAAGGGUGUUUGCGAUGUGCUGACACGUAUUACAUCGAAAACGGCGUUUGUGUGAAGUGCGAGUACCCCUGCAUACACUGUUCUAUUCUGACAUUUUGCACAAAGUGUGACCAAUACUCGUAUCCAAACACAAAUGGGAAUUGCACAACUCUUGGAGAAAUCAUUACAACGUGUCUGGUGAUGAUGCCAAAUUACGAUGGAUGUGCAAUUUGCAAAGAUGGUUAUAAACGAUCCACCGAUGGCAAAAGUUGUGACAAAUGCGAUGAAUCGUGUGCAACAUGUGAUUUCUUUGGUUAUUGUAUUGACUUCAACAACACAUUCAAUCGCAUUGAUACAAACGACAAAUACUGCAGACCACAAAGUGAGUUAAUUGGAUGUGUCAAUUCGAGUACUUAUGGGUGUUUAAUAUGUGGAGAUAGGUACCAUUUACGAUCUGAGUUAAAUGGGUGUACCGAUAUAAUGGGAGUACUCGUUUAUUGGGCGUACUCGUUAUAUAAAUAG